CACCUCCUCAGGCUAUAAGGCGGAGCCACAAUAUGAGCACAAGGCUAAAAAGCAGGACACAGAAGCCAACUACCAUUUGCUCUGCACAUUGGAGGACUCACUGCUACACCAGCUUUCACCAAAGAGGACAAAAAACUUGAAUGACUUUGGAAAGCAGAGACACACACAAAGACUGAGAGAAGAUUUUACAAGGAUUACAGACAAGGAAACUUGUUUGACAGGAAUUUUCAGUUUGUAUCAGAGCACUCUUUGGGAAAUGUAUGCAACUCCUAGAAUGGCAAACUCCACUUACCAGCUCAUUGAGGACUGUGAAGCCACACACAAGGCGCUGUACAAGUUCUAUGCAGCUAUCAUGAUCGUGAUUUUCAUCCUGGCUCUGCCUCUCAACGCUUCAGUCCUCCACCUCUUCAUAUUCAAGCUCAAGUUCUGGAAAUCCAACACCAACAACGUCUUCCUUUUCAACCUGGUGUUGGCUGAUAUCCUGCUGCUGUUUUGCUUACCCAUAAAGGCGUACAACUUCAUUCAAGGCGAGAGAAGGAGCGGGAAUGACACAGUGUGCAAAGCCAUGCUGUUCAUGUUGUUUCUGAACCGAGGAGCCAGCAUCGCCUUCCUCACCGUGACAUCCAUAGAUCGAUAUUUUAACGUCGUGCACCCAGGAAGGAAGAAUCUCCUCAGAGCGCUCAAGAAGUCUCCACAGAUCUCUAUCAUCAUCUGGCUGCUUCUCCUGCCCCUCACCAUCCCCACCAUGCUGAAGAACUUCGACUGCUGCAACAGCCAUAAGAGCGGCGACCCUAGAGAGGACACCUUGAUUAAGGAUGUGGUGGACAGUCUGCGAGAGGUGGUCUUCUUCACCCAGAUUGUCAUCCCCUUCAUCAUCCUGGUCUACUGCACGGUCCACAUCGUCAACCGGCUCAGGAAGAAAAGCAUCGGGGACAAGACCAAGCUGAAGAGAGCCGUCUUUCUGGUCACCUCCGUCAUGGUGGUCUUCUCUUUCUGCUUCCUCCCCUGCACUAUCGCCAGGAUGGUUCUGCUGAUCGCUCGAGUGGAGGAGUGGAGUGAAAAAUUCCAGGAUAAAGCAGCCGUGGCAUUCGACGGCCUCAUGGUCCUGUCCUAUAUGGAUUGUCUGCUGGAUCCGCUCAUCUACUGCUUCUGCAGCACCAAGUUCAAGGCUCUGUAUCUGUCCAGUUACUUCCCGUGCUUAGUGAAAGACGGUGGGAUGCCGCUGGACAGCUCAACUGGAGCCACACCAAAUCCCAAACGUAAUAAUGUUAUUUGAAAUUGAUGGAAAACAGACAGUAUGAAUGAACAGAUACUACCUGGGAUGGACACUGUGCCCCUAUACUGUAUGUAUUAUAAAAACAGAGACUUAACAUGUAAUAUUUAAGAUUUUGUAUGUAUUUUUUAAUAGAAAAAUAUUGACAAAGAUAUGUAAACAAGAGAGUCAGUGGUGGUUUUUCCAAAGAUUUUGAAGUGCUGUAAAUAUGACAUAGUAGUGACUCAACAAAUCUGUUUAUAAAGUCUAAAUGUUGGUGAACUAUCUACUGACUCAUCAAAUCUGUUUUUAAAGUCCAAGUGUUGCUGAAUAUUAUCUACUGACUCAAAAAAUUUGGUGUUGGUGAACUUUAUCUAGUGAAAGGAGGGUUUUUCUUUGGGGAUUGCCCACAGCUCAAGAAUGCACAUCUGUUUCUCCUCUUAUCUUGGACAGCGACUUAGGUUAUGAGUUAGAGCCAUGAAAACUCUUUCUUUGAAGUGCUGAAAUGCCAAAAAAAAAUCUCUGCCAACAGACAGAAACAUAAGUGAAUAAUGGGAUCAUUUUAGCCUCAGAAAAUUCAAUGAUGUCAUCCCAAAGUCUUUAAACCAAUAACUCUGUAGAUUUUUACAAACUAGGGGGAUUUAAAGGGGGGGAAAUCUUUUCAAGACGGUGUAAAAAAACACAAGACAGAAUUUCUCUGACUUGGAUUCCUGAGCCCCAAAUCAAACCCAUAUUUGGCCCUAUUAUGUAAGAUUUAAUCCUAAAGGCCCAUACAGGAAGCUGAUUAUUACCACUGAUUUACUUUUGAUUGCAUUACUGUUUAGACAUAGAGAUGGGUGACAUUUUAAAGUAUAUUUUUUCAGUCCUGGAUAGUUUUGUGUGAAUUGAUAAAGAAUUCGAAAGGCCUUUAUUAACUCUUUUGACACAUGCAGUUGCUCGUUUAUAUAAAAAAAAAAGCAUCUAUCACUGUCAGACAGAGGGAUGGAGGCUGAAGAAAUUGUGGACGAAGGAUGAUGCAGAAACUGCAGAUGAAGCAAAAGUGCCCAAAGCCGUUAUGAUCAUUUUUGCCAAUAUGUGUAGUCUCCCGUAUUUGUCAUUAUUAGUCCAUAUCUACAAGAGCAGAGAAGAAAAUAGAAGGGUUGCUGAACAGAAAAUGAAGAUGCAGUUUCAUGGCAUGCAUAACAAUUGCACAGGAAGUGUGCAGGUGGGAUAUAAACAUUAUCAUUCUGUUGCAGUUAGAAAAUAAUUGUGUUAGUUCGGCUAAAACUGUACUUUAAAAUACAUGUGUUAAAUGGACUUAAGCUUGUUUAAUGCUUUACUAGACGUUUGACUACUCAAAGUGUCUCUACACUGCAGGUCAAGCCUACCCAUUCACAGCUAGUCUUUCACAUUUACACUAAUGGCAAAGCUCACUACAAAGCAUUAGCCAACAGUUUUUGUUAAUCCCAUUCAUAUGCAUCCAUACACAUUUACAUGCAACUGACAAAGCAGUAGGAGCAAGUAAGAGUUGAGUGACUUGCCCUAGAACACAUCAACAUGUGACUGAAGGAGCUGGGGAUCAAACCCACGACCUUCCGAAUGCAAGACGUCCCACUACCUACUUAGCCACAGUUGCCCCAAUGAAACAUGUAAACAUGGUAGUUCAACGGAAGCCAAACCAGGUCAAAUUUUUCAUAAGUCAGACCAAGACACCUUAAUCCUUACUACAGAUGGAGAUAAAUUUACACUUGCAUAACUUAUCUGACCAGCCAAACUGGUCUUUAGUGCAAGCUUCACAGUGACUUUAACCAGAAGUAAAACACCAAAAGUUGCACUGACCCCUGGCUUGAGUCACUGUAAAGGUCGGCUCAGAUUACAUGUUUUUUUGUUCGUUCAUGACAACCUUGUCAGACUAUGCAACAAAAAUCUUGUCCUGUCUUGGCCAACAGUCUGGUCACACUGCAAGCGUGAUCCUGAUCGUAUGCUGACGUCACCACUGUCUCCACAACUGUGUGUAAGUUCACAGGUCUUCAAGGGGGCAGGUCAGAGAGUCCAUCAGAGCUACAACAGACACGUUCUGUGUGAUUGUUUGAAAUGAAAAGAAGAAAAAACAAACAACUUUUGACUCGUCCCGAUGUAUUAAGAGGAGGACCAUGUGGACCACCUCCCUUUCAAAUAGAGUUAGGGGUAUAAAUGUGAUAACAAGCAAAGAAUAUUGCACAGUUAACAUAGUCGAUACAUACAGCCUUACUGUAUGUACACAUAAAUCCCCAGGGUAAUAAACAGUGGGGACUUGUAUAAUGUCACUGGUUAAUGAUGAUACAAAGAUAAGAGCAAAUACUCUCCUAUUAGCAAGUUUCAGGAUUCACAGUGAUAACGGGAAUAAGGGUGUCAAAGACAAUGAUGCAAGAAAAAUUCUGACAUGCUAGUCCUGUUGAGCCAUGAUUAUGGGACGUCUUGGAAACAUCGUUAACUAUGUCACACUACAAGAGCAUUUGUUGUUUCCAGUGCACAUAAUCAGCAGGACGUUUGACGCUGACUGCGACGAUGUAAUCAGGCCAAAAUCUGGCUUAAUUUGUGUAAUCUGAGCCAGCCUUAAGAAGGACAGCAGGCAUUUAUAACAAAGUAAAGUGCAGAUUAUGUACAAAGUUUUCCAUGCUUUCACUGUUUCCUAUACAACUGAUUAGCUGGUUGCUAGUCUGUUAGCACAGUCAAACUGAAGCAGGUCCAUUAAUACUUGGCUAAAAGGGGACAUAUCACCACCAACAGUACUAAGAUGAAUUUAAACCCAUUGAUAAAUUAAUUCUACUGCUGCACUGGGACAAGGACUCAAGUACAAUAAAGUGACAAAUUUAAGCAAAAAUAUUGUUCAACUAAACGGAGCAUUCAAAUAUACAGAUUAAUUCCUCCUGCUGCAUUCACACAUCCAUUCAACCCAGAUGUUUUACUCCGUGGCUGAAAGGAAAAACUGGGGGUAAAGUUGGGGUGAACAAUUCUGCUGUUUGCAUUCACACGCGCAUCUCACCCCAAACAUUUAAGUUUUCAGAAGUUUAGUACAUGUGUGAAAGCUGUGCUAAAUAAUACAGUUCAUAAGAAGACCAGCAGUCCACUCUUUAGCAUUUAGGAGACUUAGGUAAGGAAUUCAAGAGCUCCUAAAUUAAACUGAUUCUAUCUUGGCCUUUGCAAAUAAGUAGCACCAAAAACUCAUCUGUGGAAGGUAAUAAAUUAACAAUAAACCAUCAAUCAUAGUGUGAGGGACCUUUAAAUGACCCCCACGUGGUUUACAAUAACCCUUGACAACCAUUAAUCCAGGAAACGACGUGACACGCCUCACAAACGCAAAAUUCCCCUGAAACCUCUGUGCAGUGUCAAUCAUGACUCAUAGUGUCAACUAGACUUGACUCCACUAUUCCCACACUUUUUUACAAACUCUCCUGAAGGUGCCUGCUCACCUUGAUGACAUCACUAACAGUAAUAACACAAUGAACAAAGUGUGUGUUGUUCACUGUCUGCCUAUAAAUAGACGCCCUCCUCAUGUGGCUGAUUAACCAGCUGAGAUUUGGUGAUUCUUUCAAAUAUCAUCAGAUUUCUUUUUACUCAUCUGUGUGUUAAAGCUGCAUCACUGUGUAUCAUAAAGACAGCUGCUCCUUCAGAUUUGUCACACAGUUUUUGACAUGGUGACGUGUGUGCUAUGGAUAUUACACAAUGUUCUUGUCAAGAGGAAUAAAGGAAAAAUCAAUGAUUAGCCAAAAGAGGAAAAACAACUAACGGAAGGCAUCCGCAAGUUAUGAGCAACAGUCAGAGUAAUGUCCCUGAAUAUUUUGCAAGAAUACUGUUUUGCCAGAGGGUUUUAAUGUUAGCUACCCUCAUGAAUGUGUAGCUACAGCCAGGGUGUGUAAUCAUCUUUAUGACUGACUGGUCAAGCAGUAAAAUAAUCCACCAGCUAAGUAUUUUCUUUACCAGCCUCAGUGAGAAAUUUUGUAUAGUUAAAUUCAAUAUCAAUUCUGCCUUUGUCUAUCAAAACAAGCACAUUUUUUUCUUUCUUUUUUAAGGCUUUGAUAGAGUUGAAAACUAGUGCAAGCACUGUUCAUUUAAUGUGCUAAUGUAUGUCCUUUUGUGAUCAGGCUGUUUUUGGUGGAUCUCCAUGCCUACUUGGUGCACUGAUUGCUGCUUUUAAUUUACUAAAAUCAGCACAGGGGUUCAUUGCAGUAUUGUGUGGUAAGUAUUCACUGAUCCAUGUAUCACAUACAUUAGAACGAGAGAUGCAAAACAUGGAUUUUUGCAUAUAUUUUCAAAAUGGUUUUAGCCAGUAUAUCGAUAUUUAAGCGUAGUUCAAACCUAACACUUCAGUCCUUAAAACACACUAUUUAAAGUUUGAGGGUAAACAUAUAAAGAGAUUUUAGUCCUUAAAAGAGAUUUAUUGCAUGGAGAUAAUGAAUAAAGAAAAGGCAUCAGCUGAUGUAGGUCUGUUGGUCAAACUAAAACUCCACUAACUUAUUUGUUCAUAUGGCCAGUAUGUACAGCUGUUAUACGCUGAUUUUCACAGCCCAAAUAUCGGCAUAAAUGUUCAUAUCUUCACUUUUUAAGGUAAUACAUGCCAAAACUACGGUGGCCAGUAAGGGCAAAUGGUCUGCAGAAGCCAGACACACUCUAAAUGAAACAAAACAGCUUCAAUAAGAGAAACGCUUCAACUCUAGAGACACAAUCAAAAGUCCAAACGAACUUCAAAAGGGGAAACGCGAUGCAACUGACAAAACGCUCUCUAAUACAGAAACAAUUCCACACUCAAAACGAUCCUAAUCCAAAACACGCUUCAAAAUCAGAAACGUCAAAAAGCACCCAGCCUCCAGAGGGCGCUCUAGCACAAUGACUUGGUUUCAAUUUCUUAAUUCAGCAAAAAAACCAAAAAAAAUUUAAAACUCUAGAAUAUCUCAUAAGGUACAUUUUUAAAUUAAAUACAAUAAAAGAAGAUGGUAGAAUUAGAUAUUAUUUAAAAUAUAUCUACAGCUGUAUCAAACAAAACCAAAAAUGGUAUAUUAGAGUAAGUUAUUGAUGCACACACUUUCUGAAUUUUUAUUAAAUUUAUUUUUCUUUUUAUUAAAUCACUAUUAAUACCUGUUUCAUAAAUGCUUUGGAUAUCUCAAAUUAUGAUCAUUACUCGUGAAAGUUUUCAAAAAUUGUAAACUGUAAUUGUUUUUUAAAGAAAUGUGUUUGUGAAUAAUAGGAUGCCUUUACAAGCUUUUCUUUGUACUGUUAGAACUGUGUAAAUAUCUGAUCCGUCUUGAGUGUGUGUUUUUAA